AUGGCCGCCGGCGCCUUUGCUGGCAUUGCCGAGCAUACUGUCAUGUACCCGAUUGAUGCAAUCAAGACGCGCAUGCAGAUCAUCAACCCCACCCCGUCCGCCGUCUACAAUGGCAUGAUACAGGGCACCUACCGGAUAGCCACGCAUGAGGGCUUCAUGAGCUUAUGGCGUGGCAUGUCCAGUGUUGUGGUCGGAGCUGGCCCGGCCCAUGCCGUCUACUUCGCUACCUAUGAAGCCGUCAAGCACUUGAUGGGCGGCAACAAGGCAGGAGAGCACCACCCACUGGCUGCAGCGACCAGUGGCGCCGCCGCCACCAUUGCUAGCGAUGCCCUCAUGAACCCCUUUGACGUCAUCAAGCAGCGCAUGCAGAUCAAGGGCUCCGGUGCCAUGUACAAGUCCAUGUUUGACUGCGCAAAAUACGUCUACCGCAACGAGGGCAUGUCUGCCUUCUACGUCUCCUACCCGACCACCCUGUCCAUGACCGUCCCCUUCACGGCUCUCCAGUUCCUCGCAUACGAAUCGAUAUCGACGACUAUGAACCCGACCAAGAAGUACGACCCUGUGACCCACUGCCUGGCUGGCGCUGUCGCCGGCGGCUUCGCCGCUGCUCUCACGACGCCCAUGGAUGUGAUCAAGACCAUGCUGCAGACAAGAGGCUCUGCGCACGAUGCCGAGCUGAGGAAUGUGAACGGUUUCAUGGCUGGCUGCCGGCUGCUCUUUGCGAGAGAAGGAUUCAAGGGUUUCUUCAAGGGCGUGCGGCCCCGAGUCGUCACGACUAUGCCGAGCACGGCCAUCUGUUGGUCAGCGUACGAGGCCUCAAAGGCCUACUUUAUCCGCCAGAACGACAACUCCCAGUGA